CUUCAUAUAUAAAAGAAAAGAAUACUCAAUUUUUCCUUUUUUUUUUUUCUUUACUCUUACUUAUUUUUUUCUGGUUCAUUGAAUGUGUACAAACCAAUGGAGCUUACCAUUAUACCAGCAAACAAUUUUACAAACCAUACAAAGGAUCAACAACAACGAACAUUACAAAAGUCAAAUGCAAACAGCACUACUAGUAGUACUUCACUAAUGCAACCUUUAAAAGAACCUAUCUUUAUAUUUGGAAAGAAAAACAAAAGGAAUGCCACAAAUAUCGCCGCCAAUGACUCCUCAUCAUCAUCUUCCUCCUCUUUUUCUUCUAUCUCCUCUUCUACUGCAGACGUUAAACCUUAUUCUUGCCCAAAAUGUGAACAAACUUUCAGUCGACCUCAUAACCUCAAAUCACAUCUUGCUACACAUUCAUCCGCUCGACCUUUUCAAUGUGAUCAUUGUCAACUUCAUUUUAGACGUCAACACGAUUUGAAACGACAUCAAAAACUCCAUACUGGUGAAAGACCUCAUGUUUGCAAGAUAUGUUCUCGAUCAUUUGCAAGAUCAGAUGCACUAAACAGACAUCAACGUGUGGAUGGUGAUAUUCCUUGUAGCAUGGCUUAUCGACAUUGUAUCAUGACAACUUCAACGUCUUCAUCUUCUUUACAAAAUCAUAGUAAAUCUCCCACUCUAUCACCUACCCACUCUCCAACAGCAAGACCGACCGUUCCUGAACUUCAUAUUGCUCAUCCUGCUUCUGAACCAAUACCUACCAAUGUCAAUUCAUCACUACAUUGUGAUAAUCAAGAACUUUUAUUAUCCACCACAUCAACACCAUCAUCAGUAUCGUCAUCAUCAUCAUCAUCAUCAGUAUCUUCCAUAUCAACAUCAUUAGCAUCACCUCCUUCUUAUUUACCUCUAUUACCAUCACCAAGUGCCCUAUCAUCCUUACCAGUCUCCAAUACCACCAACCUAUCACCUAUGUAUGCACUCCAGCAAACAUCAUCCAAUACCAAUAACAGUAUCACUGUAGCAACGUCCACUAAGUUAUCGUCACCGUCACCAUCUUCAUCAUCGUUAAUAUCUUCUCCAACUCAUCCAAGAACAUUACCUAUUCCUUCACCUACUCCAACUUCGCCAACCUUACCAACCAUCAACAAUAACAAUAAUACAAUGAUGACUCAACAGCAUUGGGAACAGGAAAUCAGUCAGUUAAAACAACAACAUGCAAAAGAAAUGGAUCGAUUGAUAUGUGAAAUUCAUGAUCUUCAAGUAGAAAACAACCUUCUACGAUCUUUGGUAUUAGGUAAACAACAGCAAUCCGAUUUGUCUCUUGAUUCCAUCAAUAGUAACAGUAGUCAAAAACGAUCCAGACAUACUAAUGUCGUAGAUUCUCCCUCUUCGUUGGAUUCUUUGUCAUUCAACAAGAAAAAAUCAAAACCUUCCUAGUUUAGUAGAUACUGUUUUCGAAAUAAAAAAUAAAAAUACCAUGUUUAAACCACCGCUUU